ACUUUUUAUAACGAUCCUUCUUCACUGAUUCACUCCACAAACAGCUUCUUUCUCUCUCUAAAAUCCCAUUACUUUCUCUCUCUACUACAACAAUGUCAUCCAGUAACAAGAAAAAACUCAUUCUCAACACUGUCUCAAUCAACUUAGGCUGUAACAGCUGCAAGAAACCAAAUCUUUCCAACAUUUUCAACCCUAAACCUAAACCUAAACACAAAACCAAAACCACCACUACUUAUCAUAACCACCACCUUUACCAUUCUUGCUCCACCUCAUCAAACACCACCGCCACCUCCGCUACCUCAUUAUCUCCGGCCACCGACACGCCACCGCACAAACGCUCGACUGUGCGAGGAUUGGGGAGAGUCGGAGGUGAAAGUGUAGCAGUUGAGAAAGAUUCUGACGACCCGUAUCUUGAUUUCCGACAUUCAAUGCUGCAGAUGAUAUUGGAGAAGGAAAUUUACUCUAAAGAUGAUCUGAAGGAGCUUCUGAACUGUUUCUUGCAGCUGAAUUCUCCGUAUUAUCAUGGGAUUAUUGUUAGAGCUUUUACUGAGAUCUGGAACGGUGUGUUCUCGGUGAAAACGUCGUCGUUUAAGGGUACUGGUGGCUCUUGUUCUUCGUCUCCAUCGUGCUCGCAGUUGCAGUCAAAGCAGCACUAUAACCACCAAAAGUUGCAUUAUUACUAUGGAUGAUGCUGCUUUAGCUAUGUCACGUGACUUCUAAGUUUUUUGUGGUGUUGCACGUGAUAUCAUUAUGUUAGUAGCAUUUUGUUGUAGUUGUAAGGAGGUUAGUCAUUAGUGUGUAAUAAAAUCUUUAUUAAUGCAAAUGUAGAACUUUUUAGCUUUA